ACACUUCAUUCAACCGUAUGUGACUUGCCUCCUAGAGGGAUAUAUGCCGCGCCAUUGAUGUAUCGCCGCCCUCGCGCCUUCGCCUCAUCCCCCACGGCCAUGGCCUCAGCCCGGACGCCAACGCUCGAGAAAGUCGAGAACCAUUGCCGCGUCUGCGGCAGUCCAACGUCCAUGCGCUGCUCGCGCUGCCGCGUAGUAUACUACUGCAGCAAGGAGCAUAUCGCGCAGGACUGGAAAAAUCACAAGCCUGGCUGUAACCCCAGUUCUGCAGUAGUCCCGCCUGAGGGUCUGACCGAUGGCCAAAACAUCCUCCAGGCGAUCCUCCUUCCCGUGAAUGAGGAUACGCCUCGCAUGAUCGACAUGGUGAGCGAGAGAGUGUACGAGGAGGACGGCGCUCCUUGGUUUUCUCUCAAGGAAGACCACCUCUAUCCCAAGAAAUCUUUUGUCCGCGAUAUGCCCAUUCAGACAAUGGGAAUCAACGGACCUAGGCUGGAAGAUGAACGGUGUCUUUCUAUAAUCCACGACGAUAACUCCCUAGUCAAUGGGUCGCCGAUCAAUCGUUGUGUGCAACGCCUCACCAACGGGAAAGCUCGACACCCAUGGUCAGGAAACUUGGUAGUCCUUCGCCUGUAUCCCUGGGACUUCAGCGCUACAACGCACAGAAGCGCGAAUAUGAACGAGGAUAUCGACACUGUCCGCCGCUACCUUGAGGACUAUCUCACCGUCAUGCCAAAUUCAACCCUCUUUUAGAUGCCAGUGUGCACCUACCUCGAUAAAUCCUCAACUGCUUAUGAGAGAUAUGUUGUAUUCUCUGGGCGAUGUUCUGCA